AUGGCAAAUUUCAACUCGUCAGAACGUCAAGACUCUAGAGAACCAACUUCACCCGUACCAUCAACAUCAUCUUCUGUAUCAAGGGAAAAAGGUGAGCUGGCAGAAGUUGAUGAUCCUGAAAGUGCAAUGUCCACUGUUGCUCGAUUGUUGGAAGACCUCCAUGCUAGCAUGGUAUCUCCAUCGGGGAAGGAAGCUACAACCAGAAGGUUACUUGAACUGGCUAGAGCAAAAAAGGAAGCAAGGAUUUUGAUAGGUAGCCAUUCUCAGGCAAUGCCACUACUUAUAUCUACCCUUAGAGUUGGGUCAUCUGCAGCAAAAGUAAAUGCUGCAGCUCUACUUAGUGCACUCUGCAAGGAAGAGGACCUGCGUGUGAGGGUCCUCUUAGGAGGCUGUAUACCACCCUUAAUCUCUCUUUUGAAGUCUGAAUCUGCUGAAGCGAAGAAGGCUGCUGCUGAAGCUAUUUAUGAAGUGUCUUCUGGUGGGCUUUCGGAUGAUCACAUAGGCAGGAAAAUAUUUGUGACUGAAGGUGUUGUGCCAACUCUGUGGGACUUGCUUAAUCCUAGGUCUCGCCAAGAUAAAGUAGUUGAGGGCUUUGUGACUGGGGCUUUAAGGAAUCUCUGUGGGGACAAAGAUGGUUACUGGAAGGCCACACUUGAAGCUGGAGGUGUUGAAAUUAUUACUGGUCUUCUUUCAUCCAAGAAUACUGCUUCACAGUCGAAUGCUGCCUCUCUAUUGGCACGGUUUAUCUCUGCUUUUGGUGAUAGCAUUCCCAAAGUUAUAGAUGCUGGGGCUGUUAAGGCUCUCCUUCACCUUCUAAAUCGAGAUAAUAUCAUUUCUGUUCGUGAAAGUGCGGCUGAUGCUUUGGAGGCCCUGUCUUCCAAGUCUAGUAUUGCAAAGAAAGCUGUGGUGGAUGCAGGAGGCCUUCCUAUUCUGAUUGGAGCUGUUGUAGCGCCCUCAAAAGAAUGCAUGCAGGGUGAGACAUGUCAUUCUCUACAAAGCCAUGCUGUCCGUGCUUUAUCAAAUAUUUGUGGGGGAACAACUUCUCUGUUGCUUUACCUUGGUGAGCUCUGCCAAGCACCCCGGGCACCUGUUCCCCUUGCUGACAUUCUUGGAGCACUUGCUUAUUCAUUGAUGGUUUUUGAUGGCUCUGAUGGUAAAUCCUUUGACCCAGUUGAGAUUGAAAAUACUUUGGUUGUGCUCCUAAAAUCUCAUGACAGCAAGCUUGAUCGUAUUCUUGAGGCUUUAGCAAGUCUAUAUGGGAAUGAUUGUCUCUCUGACAGGCUUGAUCACUCUAAUUCUAAGAAGGUUCUUGUUGGGCUGAUUACCAUGGCUCCUGCUGAUGUUCAAGAACAUCUUGUUCGUGCCUUAACUAGCUUGUGUUGUGAUGGUGUUGGAAUAUGGGAGGCUCUGGGAAAGAGAGAAGGGGUUCAGUUGCUAAUAUCAUUACUUGGGCUUUCCAGUGAGCAGCAGCAGGAAUAUGCAGUUUCCUUAUUGGCUAUCUUGAGUGAUGAAGUAGAUGACAGCAAGUGGGCAAUAACAGCUGCUGGAGGUAUCCCUCCACUUGUCCAGCUACUAGAAACAGGAUCUCAAAAAGCAAAGAGGAUGCAGCUUACAUCAUGUGGAACAUGUGCUCUGACAGUGAUGAUAUCAGGGCAUAGUGGUAGCCCUCGUGGACAGGAGGCAUCAGUUAAAGCACUCAAGAAGCUGAUACGAUCAGCAGAUUCUGCUACGAUCAAUCAGUUACUAGCAUUACUGCUCAGUGACUCAUUGAGUUCAAAGGCUCAUGUCAUUACAGUUCUCGGGCAUGUCCUUGUGCUGGCGCCUCAGAGAGCUCUAAUCCAGAGUGGAGCCCCAGCUAAUAAAGGUCUUAGGUCACUGGUUCUUGUUCUUGAAUCAUCAAAUGAAGAAACACAGGAGAUUGCUGCAACUGUGUUGGCUGAUAUUUUCACUAUGCGUCAGGAUAUUUGUGAUGUCUUGGCAAUUGAUGAAAUUGUCCAGCCAUGCAUGAAGCUUUUGACAAGUGGAAACCAAGUGAUUGCCACACAAUCUGCCAGAGCUUUAGGAGCGCUUUCAUGUUCAGCUAGUUCCAUGUCAAAAAACAAAAUGUCUUGCCUAACUGAAGGUGAUGUGAGACCUCUUAUUGAGAUGGCAAAGACAUCAUCUAUUGAUGUUGCUGAAACAGCAUUUGCUGCAUUAGCAAAUCUCCUAUCAGAUGCACAGAUUGCUAAAGAAGCGUUAGAUGACAAUAUUGUCUUGGCUUUGACUAGAGUGCUCAAGGAGGGGAGUUUAGAAGGCAAGAUUAGUGCGUCACGGUCACUUCGUCAGUUGGUCAACCAGUUUCCCCUCAGUGAAGUUCUCCCAGAUUACUCGCAGUGCUGUUUUAUAAUUCAUGCAUUGUUGGUAUGUCUAUCUGGCAUCAAUUUGGACAAUGUUACAAAUUUGGAACCCCUUGAUGUUCUUACAUUGAUGGCCACAACAAAGGAGGGUUCACAUUAUAGCCCCCCUCUAUGCACUGGUUUUCUUGAAGUUCCAGAAAGCUUAGAACCUUUAAUUCGUUGUGUUAGUAUUGGGCUUCCACCUGUUCAAGAUAAGUCCAUUCAAAUCCUUGCAAGUCUCUGUCAGGGCCGACCUUCUCUACUUGGUGAAUAUUUAAACAGAAGUCAAGGAUGCAUCACUUCUCUUGCUAGUAGAGUUAUAGAGUCAAAUGACAUGGAAAUAAGAAUCAGCAGUGCAGUCAUCCUCAUAUCUGCAAUGAGGGACAGCAGUGAACAGUCGAUCGAUGUUCUUGAAGCAUCAAAACUUCUGAAGAAUCUGAUAUCUGCACUCUUUGAUAUGCUGAAGCAACGUUCCUCUUUAACAUCCCUAGACAUUGAAAUUUGGAAACCUUCCACGGAAAAAAGUUCGCUUAAUUAUGAGCAGGAUGUUUUGAGUGUGCCUGAACUUGGAAAGGUUUCUGAAGAAACUGUUGCACUAUGGUUGCUCUCACUGGUUUGUUCUCAUCAUGGAAGGAGUAAAUAUACUGUUAUGGAGCUCAAUGGCGUUGAUGCAGUAUCUGAUAGACUUGCUAGCUAUACUGCUAACCGGCAGGAACAGUAUGAAGACUCAGAAAAUAUAUGGACUUGCGCCCUUCUGUUGGCUACUCUGUUUCAGGAUUCAGUGGUUGUUCAGUCUUCUGAAAUAACACGAACAAUACCUUCUUUAGCAUCCUUGCUAAAAUCUGAUGAUAUCAUCGAUAAAUACUUUGCUGCUCAAGCACUGGCUAGCCUUGUUUCCACUGGGAGCAGAGGUAUACAGCUUGCUAUUGUAAAUUCUGGUGCAGUUUUGGGUGCUGUAGCAUUGAUCGGACAAGUAGAAUCUGAUAUGCCAAACCUUGUUACAAUGGCUAAAGAAUUCAAGUUGGCAGACAAUCCAAGUCAAAUAAUAUUGAGAAGCCUUUUUGAGCUUGAAGAUGUCUGCACCGGUGCUUCUGCUCGAAGGUCCAUACCCUUGCUAGUGGAUCUACUUAAACCAAUGCCAGACAGGCCAGGUGCACCUCUGAUUGCUUUGCACCUUCUGACUCAACUAGCGGAAGGUAGUGAGGCAAAUAAAGUUGCUAUGGCAGAGGCUGGAGCAUUAGAUGCCUUGACUAAGUAUCUGUCUUUAAGCCCUCAAGACUCAACUGAAACUACUAUAACCAAUUUGUUAGGGAUUUUAUAUAGUAAUCCUGAUCUUCUUUACCAUGAAUCAUCACGCAGCACUUCAAAUCAGCUGGUAGCUGUCUUACUUUUGGGCUCGAGAAGUUCUAGGCUUAGUGCAGUAAGGACGUUGCAGAAACUCUUUGAUGCAGAGAAUAUAAGGGACACCGAAGUGGCCCGACAAGCUAUUCAACCACUACUUGACAUGCUUGAGUCAGGAACUGAAAUAGAACAGCAGGCAGCACUUGGUGCACUUAUCAAGCUUUCUGCUGGGACUAUCUCUAAGGAUUCUGCUAUGUUUGAUGUAGAAGGCAACACACUUGAAAAUCUUUACAAAAUUUUAUCCUUCAGUUCGUCAUUGGAGCUUAAGAAAGAUGCUGCUCAACUCUGCUAUAUUUUAUUUGAAAACUCAACUUUGUCUGAAGCAUGUAUCAGUGCUCUCAUAAAGUUGGGCAAGGACCGUCCAAACUGCAAGCUUGACAUGGUUAAAGCUGGUAUCAUUGAGCAUGCACUUGAUAUGAUUCUUGAUGUUCCUGUAUCUGUUAGUUCAUCCAUUGCUGAAUUGCUUCGCAUUUUGACAAACAACAGUGGCAUUGCUAAAAGUUCUGCUGCUGCAAAAAUGGUGGAGCCACUUUUCUUGGUUUUACGUCGCCCUGAUGUUACUAUGUGGGACCAGCACAGUGCCUUGCAAGCACUUGUAAAUAUUCUGGAGAAACCUCAGAGUCUAGCAGCAUUGAAGUUGACUCCCAAACAGGAACAUUUUCAACAGGAUAUCACCACCAAAAAUGCAGUUGUUCCUCUGGUGCAGCUUGCUGGUAUUGGAAUCUUGAGCUUACAACAAACUGCAGUUAAAGCACUUGAAAACAUCUCACAGAGUUGGCCCAAGGCAGUAGCCGAUGCAGGUGGAAUUUUUGAACUUUCAAAGGUAAUUGUCCAGGAUGAUCCUCAGCCAAGUCAAGCAUUAUGGGAAUCUGCAGCACUUGUGUUAUGCAAUGUUUUGCGUUAUAAUUCGGACAACUACGUCAAAGUCUCAAUGGCUGUACUUGUGAGAUUGCUGAACUCCACCAUGGAGAGUACCGUCACGAUAGCUCUCAGUGCUCUACUUGUUCAAGAGAAAAGUAGCUCACGCUGUGCUGUGGCCAUGGCUGAGGCUGGGGCAGUACGUGCACUCUUGGAGCUCCUGAAGAGCCAUCGAUGUGAGGAAUCUGCAGCAAGAUUGCUUGAAGCGCUGAUAAACAAUUCAAGGGUCCGUGAAACAAAAGUUGCGAAGUAUGCUAUUGCUCCUCUCUCACAGUACCUGUUAGAUCCUCAGUCUAAGAACCAGUCAGCAAAGUUUCUGGUGACUCUUGCACUAGGUGACAUUUUCCAGCAUGAAGCACUUGCAAGGGCAAGUGACUCUGCGUCUGCCUGCCGUGCUCUUGUAAGCCUACUUGAGGACCAGCCUACGGAUGACAUGACAACAGUUGCUAUUUGUGCACUACAAAGCUUAGUGAUGCAGAGCAGGACAAAUAGGCGUGCUGUUGCUGAAGCUGGGGGCAUUUUGGUUGUGCAAGAAUUGCUUCUUUCACCAAAUGUGGAUGUUUCAGGACAGGCUGCUCUUCUAAUCAAGUACCUAUUUUCAAAUCAUACACUGCAAGAAUACGUGUCGAAUGAGCUUAUCCGAUCUCUCACUGCUGCCUUAGAGAGAGAGCUGCUCUCUACAUCAACUAUCAAUGAAGUUAUUCUGAAGACCAUAUAUGUGAUAUUCAGUAACUUCAAAAAGGUACGGUUUUCUGAGGCGGCAACCUUGUGCAUACCACACCUGGUUUGUGCUUUGAAGGAUGGAAAUGAGGCUGCCCAGGAGAGUGUGCUUGACACCCUUUGCUUGCUUAAAGAAUCUUGGCCGCAAAUGAAUGAAGACAUUGCUAAAGCCCAGUCCCUGAUUUCAGCUGAAGCCAUACCUGUACUACAAAUGCUUAUGAAGACAUGUCCUCCCAGUUUUCAUGAGAGAGCCGAUAGUUUGCUGCAUUGCUUGCCUGGUUGCUUGACAGUGACCAUCAUUCGUGGGAAUAAUUUGAAACAGACAAUGGGGGGUACCAAUGCAUUUUGUUGCCUGCAAAUAGGAAAUGGUCCUCCAAGGCAAACUAAGGUGGUAAACCACAGCAUCUGCCCAGCUUGGAACGAGGGUUUCACUUGGUUAUUUGAUGUCGCCCCUAAAGGGCAGAAGCUCUACAUCAUAUGCAAAAGCAAAAAUACAUUUGGAAAGUCAACCCUCGGAAGAGUGACCAUCCAGAUCGACAAGGUUGUCACUGAGGGCGUAUACAGUGGGUUCUUCAGCCUCAGCCACGACGGCGGUAAGGACGGCUCAAGAACCCUAGAGAUAGAGAUCGUAUGGUCAAAUAGGCCAUCCAACGACAGUAUGUAG